AUGCCUCGCCGUUCGCUUCGAAAUUCGGCGCCUACGAAGCAGCAAACCAAGCACCAGCUUGAUACGCCGCCGUCCGACCAGAAUACAAGUUCGAAACGCCGGAGAAAUGACCCCAAAGAGCUACCGUCUAGGUCUAGAACCUCCAGACGUACCUCAUCCACCGCAAAGAAGAGCAAAUACUUCGAACAAGAAGCUUGUGAUCCGGAAUUGAGUGAGAGUGACUUGACUCCGUUAGCCUCCAGCAGCUCAAAACGAGCUUCUCUGAAAAGCUAUAACGAAACGGAGGACCCAUAUGAACCUGGGGUGGAGAGCUCUGCAAGUGCGGAGGCUGAGGAUACUGCAGAAGAUAAUGAGGGCGAGGACGAAGAAUUUAGAGACAAGAAGAAAAGAUAUAAUAAAAAGAAACUAGGAGUAACAAAAAAGAAAGGUCCUAGGAAAGAAGAUGCCGUUACUGAACCCCUGGGAUCUAGCAAAGGCAAUGAGCUAUGGAGAGAGGGUGUAAAGACUGGGCUGGAACCAGGAAAGGAAGUUUUUAUCAAGCUUCCAACUCCGAGAGAUGAUGGAGGCAUACCCUACGAAGAUGGUACAAUCCAUCCAAACACCGUCCUCUUCCUAGCGGACCUGAAAGAGAAUAAUGAUCGGGAAUGGCUGAAAAAACAUGAUGUUGAUUAUCGAAAAUCCAAGAAGGAUUGGGACACGUUCGUUGAGGCCUUGAAUGAAAAACUUGCAGAGAAAGAUGAGACUAUUCCAGAGCUACCUGCCAAAGACUUGGUCUUCAGGAUUUAUAGAGACGUUCGGUUCAGCCAUGACCAAACACCCUACAAACCACAUUUCUCAGCAGCAUGGUCUCGUACUGGACGGAAAGGCCCAUAUGCAGCAUACUACCUCCACCUUGAACCUGGCAAAUGUUUUAUAGGAUCGGGAUUAUGGAUGCCUGAAGCUAGUAAGCUCGCGCUUAUUCGUCAGGAUAUCGAUCGGAACUCGCAAAGACUCAAGGCGAUCUUGAUGAGUCCAGACGUCAGGGGAGAAAUCCUCGGCGGUGUUCCUAAUGACGAAAAGAAGGUCAUCAAGGCCUUUGUUAACCAAAAUAAAGAGAGUGCUCUCAAGACUAAACCAAAGCGAACUGCAGUCAACCCAUCACCCAAACGAAGUAUUGCCUCAUCUAGGUUCUUCAAUUGCCGAUUUUAA